AUGCCUUUCCCUGGAACAGAACAAGGAAUGGAUCUAUAUCGGGUUGAAAGCCUGGUAUCGAGAUGCCCUAAGUUGAGCUUCAUUCACAUCCGUCACCGCCCAUCUCCUACACCCAAUAUGCUACAGCUGCCGGAGCAUGCUCGCCUAGAGGAGAACGGAAUAUCCUUCUCUUAG